AUGCGAACCUCGACACUGCAAACACUGUCGAUGCUAGAGGCGCUGGGAGUGGAGCAAGUGGACCUCUUUACCCAUUCAGGUGGUUGGCUGUACAUGCUCGACCUGCUCAGGACUAGACCUGAGCUCAUCAUCCCUUCUCCCUCGGGCCGAGCUUCCAACCUCACGCUCUGCUCGCCAUUCGUACCUACGCACCUCUCUUCAUCGAGUCUCGGCCUUCUCCCCGCCAGCCUGGUGCGCAUGACACCUUCCGCCGCAAACCUGCUGGGCAGCUGUGAGAAAGCCAUCAGCUGGUCUGCUGGCGUAGGACAGAACGUCAAGAGCAUGUGGGGUUCCAAAGAGACGCCAGAACGUUUGCAUGCUUCCAAACGCGACCAACUGAAACGUGCAGCCCGAGAGAGGGAGAAGAGCAAGAGGACUCAUCCCAACGCAACCUUUCAUCCGCCCUACACCACUCAUCUACACCUCGAAUUAGACGCCGCCGUCGUAGCCGAACAUUCGCUUGCCGGCGGAUCAUCGCGCAAGCCGCAAAGCGGAAGCAAGCUGCUGUUCGAAUGCUACAAGGCAGAGUCGGGCAUCGAGACGACUACGCAAGAGUUCCUGUUCUGUCUAGGCAAGACGUCUGGCAUGAACAAUGCAGAACUGGAGACGUGGCUAAGCGCCAACCUGCGCGAGCUUGCUCGCCUAUUGAGGUCUCGCACAAAGCGUUGUUCUGACACGCCGGAUGGCGGAGCACCGACCGCGGCACCCCGGUUGCUCCUCGUAUGGGCAGACCAAGAUUUCAUGACUCCACAACGUGGGCGCGACCAUCUCGACGAUUUGCUGCAACGGACGGGACUUGCAGAAGCAUGCUCUUCCACGCACCGAUGGAUUGCUGCAGGAGCCGGGCACGACGAUCCGCCCGGGUCCCUGGACAUUAUGCGUGGCGUCUUUGCCUUCUCAAAAGGCGAGAGCGAGAUAUUGGCGCUGCGAGCGGCCCAGACAUCGGCGCAAGCUGAAUGCUUUGCUGCCCACAAAGGCGCUCCCGAUGAACGCAGUGCCUGCGCAUCUUGA